UCGUGGCGCUGCUGGCAGGGCCUGUACCAACGGACGCUACGGGAGUCCGCAGCCGGCAUAGGCUCAGUUGGCAGCAGUACGCACAACGAGUAGCAUCUACUAUGGCUGAUAUUUCAAAGGACGAGCUACGCAAGGAGAUCACCGCUAUCCUCAAGGACGCCGAUCUUACUACAAUGUCAGCUAAGAAAGUGAGACAACAAAUCGAGGAGAAACUUGAUGUUGAUCUCACAGAAAGAAAAAAGGAAGUCGAUGAUUUAGUCAUGGAGUGUCUUCAAGAGAAACAAGAUGGAGGAAAGAAAAAGAAGAAGGCGGCCAGUGAAGAGUCGGAAGACGGCGAGGAGGAAGAGGAGGAAGGAUCCGAGGAGGAGGAGGAGGAAGAGGAAAAGAAACCAGCCAAGCGAAAUCCCACUAAAAAAUCCUCCUCUAACAAACGCAAGAAGGGUUCAUCCGAUGAUGAGGAAAGCGCUAGCGAUGACGAUGCCAGUGACGAAGAAUAUAGCCCAAAGAAACCUAAAGCUACUCCUAAAAAAAGCAAGCCUGGCAAAAAGGGAAAAAAGAAGGGCAGCGACAGUGACAGUGAUGAGGACUGGGGUAAAAAUAAGAAAGCCCCGGGAAGCGCAGCAAAGAAGGGUGGCGGCGGCGGUGGCGGCGGCGGCGGCAAAGGUAAAGGUGGUGGUUACACGCGCGCUAUCACACUAUCUCCAGAACUCGCUGCGAUUGUCGGCGCAGAACAAAUGGCUCGGCAUGAAGUCGUGAGGAAAGUAUGGAGUAUCGUUAAAGAAAGAAAUCUUUAUGAUCCUAAGAAUAAGCAGUUCGCAAUUUGCGACGAGGAAUUAAUGAAGGUAUUCGGCGUGAAGCGUUUCAGAACUUUUGGUAUGAUGAAGUACCUCAAAAAUCACUUUGUAGAUUAAAUCACCCCUCAAUCCCGAUCUCCGAGACAAGUUAUAUACAUAUAUAACAUAUUCCAGGGUUGCGUGUCCUCUCGCGCACCUCUCCAUCUUUCUCACACGAUACAUAUAUAUAUAUAUGAUAUGUAUUACAUAUACAUAAAACACAAAUGUAUUUCUUGCGACUUAAGACUUUAGAUCAUGUUUACACCAUUCCGACGUGUUCUGCCGCCCAUCGUAACAGUCUUGUCCCAUCGGUUGUUGCGGUACUACAUAUUUAACCUGUAGGUAUUACUAAGAAUUAAUAUGAAACCCGAUGUAAAUGUCGGUAAUAGCAUUCGGAUAAUGUGUAACAAUGUAAUUGCACGAGUAUUCUUUGGCUUUACUUAACGUUGGGACAAUCGUUACCGUGGACGUACAGAUGAUUUCGAAAUGUGAAUGACAUUACAGUGGCCAAUAGUCAAUAAGCUGGUUUCGAACCAUCUUACUCAGAAUAAAUGUUAUAUCAUUUGUAUGGUCGUCAACUAGUAUCUUACUCCCACCGCGAUGACACGCGCUGCUACACAGCAAUGGCAUUCAAAAAGGCACGUAAAUUUAAAUUUGAAAGUAAUUCUUUUGAGACGCGAGAAGCUCUAUUUUAUCCCGUGACACUUUAACACGUUAUAUUGGCGGCAUAUCUGCUUUCAGUACGUUCAAAGUGGAAAUUAGAAUUUAUCUUUUUUUUUUUCUAUGUUAUUAACGAUUUUAAUGACUGUCCUAUCGUAACACGAACGGCACGGUAUUUCUAUAGCCUUUUACGUUUUUCUUUUUUAUAUUACAACGAUUGAUUAUCCAUGAACAGUGGAUGUAAUAGAGUAACGAGUACUUUCGCUUCCGAUAGAAAAUGGAGAGAAAACGCGUUGAUGUUUGAAAAAAACAAUGCGGAAAAAAUGAAGAGAGAAACUAUGCGAAAAAUCAACAUCCUGUACCUCUUCUGUAUAAUAGCUACAUCAUACACUGAAAAUUAAGCAAAGUUUAAUUGUAUUAUCGUGUAAUUACUAAUUAUUGUCGUAAUAUAGGUUUCUUGGUGUAAAAAUUGAACUUAACGUUUAAGAUUUAAUGGUAAAACGAUGUAUUCACUGGAAGGUAUGAUAUAAGCAUAUUGAAGUCACAGUUUGUGCAGCGAUCACUGCGCGAUAUUAAAAUGUAGGAAAUGAAAAUAGGCUCACGAAGUUGAGGUGCGGAAACUUAACACCGCAUACGUCUCUCGGAGCUUCGAUAUAUGUAAAAUUUGUGUAUUUUGAAUAUAAAUUGAAGAAACGCUGGCCUAAGUCACGAGGAAAGCUACAUGAAAAGGUAUCACUGCAGUUUGCGAUAACGAGAGCAUUACACACGCAAAGAAAAUAUGCGCAUAAAGUGAUAAAUUAUAAUGCCAGUUCGUUUUUUUAAUGGAAGGAAAAUGAUUAAAAACUGUAAUGUUCCGUGAAAUGUAUUUGGAAAUGUCAUUAAAAAGUAUUGCUUUCAUUUUUUUUUU